AUGUCUGCAGCAGCCAAGGAUCCCCUGAAACCAUCCACUUCUAAGCAGGAGAGAAAGCUCAGAAAGCCACUCAUUGAACGAAAGAGAAGAGAACGAAUUAAUUCCUGCCUGGAGCAACUGAAAGAGACGGUGAUCAGGGCAUUUCAUCUUGAUCAGUCCAAGUUGGAGAAAGCAGACAUCCUGGAGAUGACAGUGAGACAUCUGGAAAAUAUUCAGAGAAGCAGAACCACAGGUGAGACCUCUCAGACUGUAGACAGCCAGCAGAGAUUCAGCACGGGAUACAUUCAGUGUAUGCAUGAGCUCCACAAUCUGCUACUAAACUGCGACUGGAUGGAUCAAGCCCUUGGUGCACGGCUUCUCAAUCAUCUGUUAAAAUCACUUCCCAAGGCCAUGGAUGCAAAGUCCGAGCUGCCCUAUAUGAUUGAAGAGGGUGCUGGGAGGAUUCCCUCACCCACUAUGAAACCUGAUCCUGACACAAAACCACAAUUUAAUGUACUGCAGAAACAUUGUCCUCUUAUGGGCUCACUGCAGAUGUGGAGACCCUGGUAA